AAAAAAAGGACUGCAUCGGGUUCGUGCUGGGCGUGCCAUGUCUGUUUACAUAGAUGGUACCAAACCCUCACUCACACACAUGCACACACACCACGUGCAAGGAACAUGCCUGCCGGCACUCUUGAGAUUUGACCCCAACAAUCUGCCAGACCGCCAGACCAUCGAAAUUGCUCGUCAUCAUCAUCUGCUUCUUUUUGUCUUUCAGGACCGAUUUCUCCAAACUCAUUGCCCAAAACACUGGUCCCCAAACCCCUCUCUCACUCUCAAUCUCCCAUCUCUCCAUCUCGCUCAACACCACGCUCCCUUGCCCAUCGGCCUCGCCAAUUCCUCCAUUGAAUGUCACUACCCGCUCGAUUCCUCCCACGACAUGCCUGCCUUCUGCCUCAAUCCGCACACACCCCAGCCAGCCAGCCGCAUGGCCCUCCUCGCACCCAGUCAUGCCCAUAUCCGUUCCAAAUCUCCUAUCCCUCCCCUUGUUUCCAUCUGCAUGUAUCGCCCCGAUCCGAUGGCCUGAUGUUCAAAUCCGGACCAUACAUACCAUCUUGAGAUCCCCCUCAAUCUUUGCAUCGACAGUCUCCCAGCUGGCCGGUACUACUAUCCCGUGCGAUCGUACUUUCUUGCCUGCCCCUACCUACCCUUCUACAGCCAUCUUCCCUGGGGAAGGAAAUGGAUCCCCCGACAGAAAUGUCCCAUGCCAGCGCAUCACCCGCCUUCGCCUCAUCGGUGGGGUUUUGCUCUGUCCCUCCCUUGUUCGCUGGCCUGUCCUUGUCUCUCUCCUUGUUCCAUUUGCUCCGAGGAGGAGAGUUUAUUAGCUGGCUAAUUAGCUAGCUGGCUACCUUUUGCGGAUUACUCUUCUUCUCCGGCCCGAGCGAGCAGGCUCUCCUUGUCUGUCUUUGGCGUGGUGUGUC